AUGAACACGGCUGCCAGCAGUUACCCGAUGGCUUCGCUGUACGUGGGUGAUCUGCACCCCGAUGUCACCGAGGCCAUGCUCUAUGAGAAGUUCAGCCCCGCUGGCCCCGUGCUCUCCAUUCGGGUCUGCAGGGAUAUGAUCACCCGCCGGUCCCUCGGGUACGCCUACGUCAACUUCCAGCAGCCAGCAGAUGCCGAGCGUGCUCUAGAUACCAUGAAUUUUGAUGUGAUCAAAGGAAAACCUAUUCGCAUCAUGUGGUCUCAGAGGGACCCCUCCUUGAGGAAGUCAGGGGUUGGGAACGUCUUCAUUAAGAACCUGGACAAAUCCAUUGAUAACAAGGCACUUUAUGACACAUUCUCAGCGUUUGGGAAUAUUUUAUCCUGCAAGGUGGUGUGUGAUGAGAAUGGCUCUAAGGGCUACGCUUUUGUGCACUUUGAGACCCAGGAUGCUGCAGAUAGAGCCAUCGAGAAGAUGAACGGCAUGCUGCUAAACGACCGCAAAGUAUUUGUUGGGAGAUUCAAGUCUCGUAAAGAGCGGGAGGCUGAGCUGGGAGCCAAGGCAAAGGAAUUCACCAAUGUUUACAUUAAAAACUUUGGGGAUGACAUGGAUGAUGAAAGACUAAAGGAGCUCUUCAGCAAAUAUGGUAAAACUCUGAGUGUUAAAGUGAUGACAGACCCCACUGGAAAAUCUAAAGGCUUUGGCUUUGUAAGCUUUGAAAAGCAUGAAGAUGCUAACAAGGCAGUAGAAGAAAUGAAUGGAAAGGAUAUCAAUGGGAAAAUGGUGUUUGUAGGCAGAGCACAGAAGAAGGUCGAGCGGCAGGCAGAGCUGAAACGGAAGUUUGAACAGCUAAAACAAGAGAGACUCAGCCGGUACCAGGGUGUUAACCUGUACAUUAAAAACCUAGAUGACACUAUUGAUGAUGAAAAACUGAGGAAGGAGUUCUCACCUUUUGGGUCAAUAACAAGUGCCAAGGUGAUGCUGGAAGAUGGACGGAGCAAAGGGUUUGGCUUUGUCUGCUUUUCCUCUCCAGAGGAAGCUACGAAAGCUGUGACAGAGAUGAAUGGGCGAAUUGUGGGCUCAAAGCCGUUGUAUGUUGCACUUGCACAAAGGAAAGAAGAGCGAAAGGCCCAUCUAACUAAUCAGUACAUGCAGCGCAUUGCUGGGAUGAGAGCCUUGCCUGCAAACACAAUCAUUAAUCAGUUCCAGCCUGCUGCUGGCGGGUAUUUCAUGCCUGCUGUGCCCCAGGCUCAGAGCAGACCCACUUACUAUGCACCCAAUCAGAUGGCGCAGAUGAGACCCAACCCACGCUGGCAGCAAGGGGGAAGACCUCAAGGCUUCCAGGGAAUGCCAAAUGCCAUGCGCCAGUCUGGACCACGGCCAGCACUGCGCCAUCUGGCCCCUGCCGGCAAUGCUCCGGCCUCUCGUGGCCUCCCUGCCGCUGCCCAGCGAGUUGGCGUUGGCACCACAGCACAGAAUUUAGCUCCUCGUCCGCCUGUAGCUGCCCCCGCUCCCAUUCCUCCUUACAAAUAUGCCUCAAGCGUCCGCAGCCCACACCCAGCUGUGCAGCCUUUGCAGACACCUCAGCCUGCAGUACAUGUGCAGGGACAGGAACCGCUAACAGCUUCCAUGCUGGCUGCUGCCCCUCCCCAGGAGCAGAAACAGAUGCUGGGAGAACGUUUGUUCCCUCUGAUUCAAGCUAUGCACCCCAGCCUUGCAGGGAAGAUCACAGGAAUGCUGCUAGAGAUUGACAACUCAGAGCUGCUGCACAUGCUAGAGUCUCCAGAGUCUCUCCGGUCAAAGGUGGAAGAGGCUGUUGCAGUGUUGCAGGCUCACCAAGCCAAGAAAGAAGCUGCCCAGAAGGUGGGCGUAGUUGCUGCUACCUCUUAAACCCAGGAAGACUGAAUGCAAAGAAGCCAAAUAGCCCCUUCAUAGACAUCAGCUCAAGAUGUUUGAAGACUCUUCACUGUCCUGCAGAUCUCAAUGCCAUGCAUCAUAUCACAUAGUUAUAUUGCAUUUUGUAAAUUAAUCUUUAAAAUCUUAUUUAAAAAGACAACUCUGAAGCUCUAGAUUUCCAAAACCAGAAUUGGGCUUGCAAAGCUUUUCCUUUGUGGUCAGGGCAGAGCUACCAUUUGUGUCUUCUAAGGAGGACAUUAAGGAUUUUAGGUUGAAAGUAUUUUGUGGUUUUGGUUUUAUCUGAACAAUCCAGUUUGGAAAGUCUGGAAAGCAUUUAUCAAUAAAGGAAUAAA